GUGUCGUAUUGUAAACAAAUAAAUAGUAAUUCGUGUCGCUCGCAGUGUUCACUUCACUUUUAAUUUUGUUGACUAUUGUGCACACUUAGUGCGCGACUAUGACGGUGUGCUGACGGUCUCAUCAUGAAUUAUAAUAGGAAUUUUAUAAUUUUACAAUUGUUAUUUUCUUUAUGUUUGUGCGAAAUAAGUGUCGAUAAAGAAGAAAAGUUAUUGAAUGGCUUUAUAAGCUUCUAUAAUAAAUUACCGGGCCAGCUUUUUAAGUGCGAUGAGGGAUCUUUGCAGAAUGCGGAGCAACUGGAUGAUUCCUCAUAUCAAAUUGUAGCCAACUUGAAAGUUAUAGAGCUUAACAACCAAGAUGUCAAGAAGCUGUUUAAGUGUACAGCUAAGCUUAAAGACUCAGAGGAUGGGUUCUCCGUGGAGAAUAAUCACUGUGAGGACCAAGACCAGGCUCCUGAUAGUCAGACAAGAGAGCCUGCCUCAAGGAGGGAAGUCACAGAGGAACUGAUUGAGAGGACUCCUAUCAAACUGGAAAAUGAAGUACAAUCUGACACAGUUUUAACGUCAGGCGAACAGUUCAUUGCUAUCCCUCGAGACCAACCCAACGCGCCUUGCGUCGGUUGCGCAACGCACGUCAAUCCGCAAGCUGCAGGUGUGAGCGAUCUUGCGAAUCUCGGCAUCCGGCACCUCGACCUCCAUGAGCCGUCUGUAAAACACUCAUUGGACAGUGUUCUUGAUGUAGAAAGACAGGUUCAAGUAGUAAACGGUGUCAGAUAUAUACUGACGCAAUCUGUUUUAUUAAACAGAUGCGGUGAACAAGUAUCAGACGGCUGUACUUCUUCUAAAACUUGUAGAAUAACUGUUCUUGUGAAGCCAUGGGUCAAGCUACCGAACGGCAAGAGUUAUAGAGCAAUUCUUGCUAAUAAUUGUACUGAAGAAUGGCAGUACGGUGACGAUGGAGAAGUCUUGCCUGAACUGUCGAGCGAUAGCCAUGGAUUAGAUGACGAUAUAAUUGUAAAAAAUAAUAAAGAUCUUCAAAGUCAGCCUAAUCAACAAAAGACAUUAUCUGAAGAGGAACUAAGACUACUUCAAGAACAAAUAAUUCCUAGUAGUCACUUUGAAGAAGCCACCGUACCAAGUCAUAAUUUUGAAAGGACUGUGUCCGAUAAGGAUGUCAGUAAGCAACAUGUUUUCAAACUUGAGGCAAAUAAAAAAAGUGGAAAUUCUAUCCCUGUAACUGAAUCUGUGAAAAGUAUAAAUCAGGAAAAGAAAAAAGUAUUAGACGAAAUGUUAGAUUUCUUUGAUUUUUCUGGUUUUAAACCGUCAACUGAGUCCGCUGGAAUAAAUCCCAGAGCAAAAAGAAGUUAUGACAACGAUUUGCAAGUAUUAUCUCUUGCGGAUGAUUAUCAGAAAAUAAGAAAUAGUAUUGAGAAUGCAAAAUUUGUGUACGAAAUGGCUCAAGCGAUGGUAGAUUAUUUAAAUGAGAUAGAUAUAGACAUAAAAACUAGGGUUGUAAAGGAAGUAAUAAAAGCUGAAGAAGAAGAGGAAAAUUUUAAACGUUUUAUCUAUGUUCAAGCGCGUGUUACAAUACCCUGUGAUAAAGUAGAAUGUGAAUCUACAGAUGGUAAAUCUGAAAUUUGUAAUGGUGUUAUAGAUAGCACCGAUAAACUCAGUCCGCAAAUACUAAAUACAUUCUGCUACAAUAGUAACAAAGAAAGAGACCAAAGAGAGGUAAUAAAGGAAGUAUAUUUCGAAGACCCUGUACUCCAGACACUUGCUAAAGAAGCUGUGAAAAAAAUUGAAUCAGAGUCUAAGUCUCCACAUGCUAUAAAACUAAAUAAAAUCGUGGCAGCCAAUACACAAACAACAUCUGGAACUUUGACUAAGAUUUCUAUAAUUAUUGAAAAUCUAAAUUGCAGCAAAACCGUUCCAUCUGCAUUACGAGUUAAUUGCACAGUAUUAGAGCACUUGGGAUCAAAAAUAUGUGAAGUUUUAAUUCACGAAAGGUAUUGGCUACAAGAAAAGAAAAUAACUUACACCUGCACGGACAGACCGCUGGAUAUGAGAAUGUCUAAAACACAAUCUGUCUUUUCGAAAGAUACUUUACAUGAUCCUAAAAUUAAUGAAAUGCUUCAAGAAGCCAUACAAUAUUUAGAAACACAAUCUAACAUGAACAACAAACAAAAAAUAGUAAAUGUCACAUCUAUAUCAACUCAAAUAGUGGCUGGAUUGUUGACCAAACUAGAUUUUAUUGUCGGUUAUACGAAUUGCACAACUGAAAAUGAAGGAAAUUGUGAAGUGCUUGAAAAUGAAAAUCUACGCAUUUGUAAAGCUCAAAUUUGGGAUAGGUCGUGGAUCAUAGAUGGCAAGCAAAUUGAAGUUUUGUGCAAUGAUGUGAAAAACGCCCAUAAUAUUGGAGAGAUAAGGAAAAAAAGGUCAAUUGACGAUGUUGAUAAACAAAAAGAACAAAAUUUGAAAAACUUGUCGUAUGAAGAAUUAGCUCAAGAAUCUUUAAAAAGAUUUCUACACUCUUCUUCUAGUAAAACCCAUUAUGUAGUAGUUAAUGUUGAAAGGGUUAAAGUAAAAGCCGCUUCCGGAAAGUUAAUUCUAAUGGACUUUACUAUAACGCCAACUGAUUGUGUUUUACAAGAAGACGGAAGUCCCACGUUGAAUGAAUGCGAUGUCGUUGAUUAUAAUGAUAGAACGCUAUGCCAUUCGAAAAUAUUAGAGCAAAGAUGGCCGCAAUCAAAUCAAUAUUUUGUAUCUUGCGAUAUUGAAUCAAGAAAACAAGAAAAAGUAAAUAGUUUUGUUGGAGUGAAAGAGCAUGAUGCUAGCGACCCCAAAUUUUCUCAGUUAGCGCUUGAGUCAUUAAGUAAAUAUUGUCAUGACAAAGGUAUAACGCAACAUUAUAUAAUAGUAAAAAUUGAAAAAGCUACUACUCAAAUUGUUUCUGGAUUAUUGACGAGUAUUGAUUUUAUGAUAACUCCCAAAGGAAGCAAUAGCAGUAGUGAUACUAUUAAAUGUCAUUCUAAUGUAUUAGAAAAGCAUUGGCUUAAAUCAAGAGACUAUGAUAUAGCCUGUGAAACAAAUGAGACCAAAAAUAUGAAUGACGACAGUGACCCUGCUUAUAAAUUAACGCAAAUGGCUGUUGAAUGUUUACAAGAGUACAUGAAACACAACCCAGAAACACAGCUUCUUCGUGUUUCAUUUGUAGAUAAAGCUAUCGUGAAACCAUCGGGAAUAAACGUUAUUGAAUUUCUGGCUUCUCAUUCUGAAAAUGACGAUGGUGACACUUUGUGCCAUGCAGAAUUUUCGAAUAAUACCUUUGUAAAAAAAAACGUAACAGUGAAUUGUUAUUCUAUCGGAACCAUUUUCAGGAAAUCUGAAAUAAAUGAAGAUAAUCCAAACUAUAUCGAAUACAUCAAAUUAGCGGAAGAAUCAUUACAACAAUAUACACAGAGUAAAAAUCAGUCUGACUUGUAUACGAUAGUCAGUGUAGAAAAUAUAAAUGUAAACUGGGAUAAAGGAAUUAACACGGAAAUAAAAUUUAUAGUGUCUCCCGUAGAUAUAGAAAACAAAGAAUCAAAUGGACUUCAGUGCACUUCAAAAAUAAGAGAACAGCCUUGGUUACAGAGAAAAUAUAUCAAUGUCACUUGUACACCCGACAAAGAUUUAUAUAGAAUAAGGAGAGCAUUGGGCGGUGAAACAGAAGAAAACCCAAAUGACCCUCAGUACAGAACACUGGCUGACGAAUCAUUGCAAAAGUAUUUGAAAGAAAAGGCAAUCACGGAAUUUCAUAAAGUAGAUCGAGUGGUCAGAGUAACGACGCAGGUGGUCUCUGGAAAAUUGACGCGCCUCGACUACGUCAUUUCUAACGAACAGAAUCUGAAUGUACAAGAAUGUCAUUCUGAAGUGUGGGAGCAACCGUGGCUCAACAAGAAAGAAAUAACAGUGAACUGUGUGGUACUCGGCCAACGAGUAAAACGUGAUUCUGCAAUUCUUGGUGGCCAGAAGGAACAAAACCCCAAUGACCCUCAGUACAGAGCACUGGCUGAUGAAUCUUUGCAAAAAUAUUUGAAAGAGAACGCAAUCACGGAAUUUCACAAAGUAGAUCGAGUCGUCAAAGUAACGACGCAGGUGGUCUCUGGAACAUUGACGCGCCUCGACUACGUCAUUUCUAACGAACAGAAUCUGAAUGUACAAGAAUGUCAUUCUGAAGUGUGGGAGCAACCGUGGCUGAACAAGAAAGAAAUAACAGUGAACUGUGCGGUACUCGGCCAACGAGUAAAACGUGAUUCUGCAAUUCUUGGUGGCCAGGAGGAACAAAACCCCAAUGACCCUGAGUACAAAGCACUGGCUGAUGAAUCUUUGCAAAAAUAUUUGAAAGAGAACGCAAUCACGGAAUUUCACAAAGUAGAUCGAGUCGUCAAAGUAACGACGCAGGUGGUCUCUGGAACAUUGACACGCCUCGACUACGUCAUUUCUAACGGACAGAAUCAGAAUGUACAAGAAUGUCAUUCUGAAGUGUGGGAGCAACCGUGGCUCAACAAGAAAGAAAUAACAGUGAACUGUGCGGUGCUCGGUCAACGAGUAAAACGUAAUAAUCCAUUGCCAGGUGGCCUGAUGGAACAAAACCCCAAUAACCCUGAGUACAGAGCACUGGCUGAUGAAUCUUUGCAAAAGUAUUUGAAAGAGAACGCAAUCACGGAAUUUCACAAAGUAGAUCGAGUCGUCAAAGUAACGACGCAGGUGGUCUCUGGAACAUUGACGCGCCUCGACUAUGUCAUUUCUAACGGACAGAAUCAGAAUGUACAAGAAUGUCAUUCUGAAGUGUGGGAGCAACCGUGGCUCAACAAGAAAGAAAUAACAGUGAACUGUGCGGUACUCGGCCAACGAGUAAAACGUAAUAAUCCAUUGCCAGGUGGCCUGAUGGAACAAAACCCCAAUAACCCUGAGUACAGAGCACUGGCUGAUGAAUCUUUGCAAAAAUAUUUGAAAGAGAACGCAAUCACGGAAUUUCACAAAGUAGAUCGAGUCGUCAAAGUAACGACGCAGGUGGUCUCUGGAACAUUGACGCGCCUCGACUACGUCAUUUCUAACGGACAGAAUCAGAAUGUACAAGAAUGUCAUUCUGAAGUGUGGGAGCAACCGUGGCUCAACAAGAAAGAAAUAACAGUGAACUGUGCGGUGCUCGGUCAACGAGUAAAACGUAAUAAUCCAUUGCCAGGUGGCCUGAUGGAACAAAACCCCAAUAACCCUGAGUACAGAGCACUGGCUGAUGAAUCUUUGCAAAAAUAUUUGAAAGAGAACGCAAUCACGGAAUUUCACAAAGUAGAUCGAGUCGUCAAAGUAACGACGCAGGUGGUCUCUGGAACAUUGACACGCCUCGACUACGUCAUUUCUAACGAACAGAAUCUGAAUGUACAAGAAUGUCAUUCUGAAGUGUGGGAGCAACCGUGGCUCAACAAGAAAGAAAUAACAGUGAACUGUGCGGUACUCGGCCAACGAGUAAAACGUGAUUCUGCAAUUCUUGGUGGCCAGAAGGAACAAAACCCCAAUGACCCUCAGUACAGAGCACUGGCUGACGAAUCAUUGCAAAAGUAUUUGAAAGAAAAGGCAAUCACGGAAUUUCACAAAGUAGAUCGAGUCGUCAAAGUAACGACGCAGGUGGUCUCUGGAACAUUGACGCGCCUCGACUACGUCAUUUCUAACGAACAGAAUCUGAAUGUACAAGAAUGUCAUUCUGAAGUGUGGGAGCAACCGUGGCUCAACAAGAAAGAAAUAACAGUGAACUGUGCGGUGCUCGGUCAACGAGUAAAACGUAAUAAUCCAUUGCCAGGUGGCCUGAUGGAACAAAACCCCAAUGACCCUCAGUACAAAGCACUGGCUGAUGAAUCUUUGCAAAAAUAUUUGAAAGAGAACGCAAUCACGGAAUUUCACAAAGUAGAUCGAGUCGUCAAAGUAACGACGCAGGUGGUCUCUGGAACAUUGACGCGCCUCGACUACGUCAUUUCUAACGAACAGAAUCUGAAUGUACAAGAAUGUCAUUCUGAAGUGUGGGAGCAACCGUGGCUCAACAAGAAAGAAAUAACAGUGAACUGUGCGGUGCUCGGUCAACGAGUAAAACGUAAUAAUCCAUUGCCAGGUGGCCUGAUGGAACAAAACCCCAAUGACCCUCAGUACAAAGCACUGGCUGAUGAAUCUUUGCAAAAAUAUUUGAAAGAGAACGCAAUCACGGAAUUUCACAAAGUAGAUCGAGUCGUCAAAGUAACGACGCAGGUGGUCUCUGGAACAUUGACGCGCCUCGACUAUGUCAUUUCUAACGGACAGAAUCAGAAUGUACAAGAAUGUCAUUCUGAAGUGUGGGAGCAACCGUGGCUCAACAAGAAAGAAAUAACAGUGAACUGUGCGGUGCUCGGUCAACGAGUAAAACGUAAUAAUCCAUUGCCAGGUGGCCUGAUGGAACAAAACCCCAAUAACCCUGAGUACAGAGCACUGGCUGAUGAAUCUUUGCAAAAGUAUUUGAAAGAGAACGCAAUCACGGAAUUUCACAAAGUAGAUCGAGUCGUCAAAGUAACGACGCAGGUGGUCUCUGGAACAUUGACGCGCCUCGACUAUGUCAUUUCUAACGGACAGAACCAGAAUGUACAAGAAUGUCAUUCUGAAGUGUGGGAGCAACCGUGGCUCAACAAGAAAGAAAUAACAGUGAACUGUGCGGUACUCGGCCAACGAGUAAAACGUAAUAAUCCAUUGCCAGGUGGCCUGAUGGAACAAAACCCCAAUAACCCUGAGUACAGAGCACUGGCUGAUGAAUCUUUGCAAAAAUAUUUGAAAGAGAACGCAAUCACGGAAUUUCACAAAGUAGAUCGAGUCGUCAAAGUAACGACGCAGGUGGUCUCUGGAACAUUGACGCGCCUCGACUACGUCAUUUCUAACGGACAGAAUCAGAAUGUACAAGAAUGUCAUUCUGAAGUGUGGGAGCAACCGUGGCUCAACAAGAAAGAAAUAACAGUGAACUGUGCGGUACUCGGCCAACGAGUAAAACGUGAUUCUGCAAUUCUUGGUGGCCAGAAGGAACAAAACCCCAAUGACCCUCAGUACAAAGCACUGGCUGAUGAAUCUUUGCAAAAAUAUUUGAAAGAGAACGCAAUCACGGAAUUUCACAAAGUAGAUCGAGUCGUCAAAGUAACGACGCAGGUGGUCUCUGGAACAUUGACACGCCUCGACUACGUCAUUUCUAACGAACAGAAUCUGAAUGUACAAGAAUGUCAUUCUGAAGUGUGGGAGCAACCGUGGCUGAACAAGAAAGAAAUAACAGUGAACUGUGCGGUACUCGGCCAACGAGUAAAACGUGAUUCUGCAAUUCUUGGUGGCCAGGAGGAACAAAACCCCAAUGACCCUGAGUACAAAGCACUGGCUGAUGAAUCUUUGCAAAAAUAUUUGAAAGAGAACGCAAUCACGGAAUUUCACAAAGUAGAUCGAGUCGUCAAAGUAACGACGCAGGUGGUCUCUGGAACAUUGACGCGCCUCGACUACGUCAUUUCUAACGGACAGAAUCAGAAUGUACAAGAAUGUCAUUCUGAAGUGUGGGAGCAACCGUGGCUAAACAAGAAAGAAAUAACAGUGAACUGUGCGGUACUCGGCCAACGAGUAAAACGUGAUUCUGCAAUUCUUGGUGGCCAGAAGGAACAAAACCCCAAUGACCCUCAGUACAGAGCACUGGCUGACGAAUCAUUGCAAAAGUAUUUGAAAGAAAAGGCAAUCACGGAAUUUCACAAAGUAGAUCGAGUCGUCAAAGUAACGACGCAGGUGGUGUCUGGAACAUUGACGCGCCUCGACUACGUCAUUUCUAACGAACAGAAUCUGAAUGUACAAGAAUGUCAUUCUGAAGUGUGGGAGCAACCGUGGCUCAACAAGAAAGAAAUAACAGUGAACUGUGCGGUGCUCGGUCAACGAGUAAAACGUAAUAAUCCAUUGCCAGGUGGCCUGAUGGAACAAAACCCCAAUGACCCUCAGUACAAAGCACUGGCUGAUGAAUCUUUGCAAAAAUAUUUGAAAGAGAACGCAAUCACGGAAUUUCACAAAGUAGAUCGAGUCGUCAAAGUAACGACGCAGGUGGUCUCUGGAACAUUGACGCGCCUCGACUAUGUCAUUUCUAACGGACAGAAUCAGAAUGUACAAGAAUGUCAUUCUGAAGUGUGGGAGCAACCGUGGCUCAACAAGAAAGAAAUAACAGUGAACUGUGCGGUGCUCGGUCAACGAGUAAAACGUAAUAAUCCAUUGCCAGGUGGCCUGAUGGAACAAAACCCCAAUGACCCUCAGUACAAAGCACUGGCUGAUGAAUCUUUGCAAAAAUAUUUGAAAGAGAACGCAAUCACGAAAUUUCACAAAGUAGAUCGAGUCGUCAAAGUAACGACGCAGGUGGUCUCUGGAACAUUGACGCGCCUCGACUAUGUCAUUUCUAACGGACAGAAUCAGAAUGUACAAGAAUGUCAUUCUGAAGUGUGGGAGCAACCGUGGCUCAACAAGAAAGAAAUAACAGUGAACUGUGCGGUACUCGGCCAACGAGUAAAACGUAAUAAUCCAUUGCCAGGUGGCCUGAUGGAACAAAACCCCAAUAACCCUGAGUACAGAGCACUGGCUGAUGAAUCUUUGCAAAAAUAUUUGAAAGAGAACGCAAUCACGGAAUUUCACAAAGUAGAUCGAGUCGUCAAAGUAACGACGCAGGUGGUCUCUGAAACAUUGACGCGCCUCGACUACGUCAUUUCCAACGGACAGAAUCAGAAUGUACAAGAAUGUCAUUCUGAAGUGUGGGAGCAACCGUGGCUCAACAAGAAAGAAAUAACAGUGAACUGUGCGGUGCUCGGUCAACGAGUAAAACGUAAUAAUCCAUUGCCAGGUGGCCUGAUGGAACAAAACCCCAAUAACCCUGAGUACAGAGCACUGGCUGAUGAAUCUUUGCAAAAGUAUUUGAAAGAGAACGCAAUCACGGAAUUUCACAAAGUAGAUCGAGUCGUCAAAGUAACGACGCAGGUGGUCUCUGGAACAUUGACGCGCCUCGACUACGUCAUUUCUAACGGACAGAAUCAGAAUGUACAAGAAUGUCAUUCUGAAGUGUGGGAGCAACCGUGGCUAAACAAGAAAGAAAUAACAGUGAACUGUGCGGUGCUCGGUCAACGAGUAAAACGUAAUAAUCCAUUGCCAGGUGGCCUGAUGGAACAAAACCCCAAUAACCCUGAGUACAGAGCACUGGCUGAUGAAUCUUUGCAAAAGUAUUUGAAAGAGAACGCAAUCACGGAAUUUCACAAAGUAGAUCGAGUCGUCAAAGUAACGACGCAGGUGGUCUCUGGAACAUUGACGCGCCUCGACUAUGUCAUUUCUAACGGACAGAAUCAGAAUGUACAAGAAUGUCAUUCUGAAGUGUGGGAGCAACCGUGGCUCAACAAGAAAGAAAUAACAGUGAACUGUGCGGUACUCGGCCAACGAGUAAAACGUAAUAAUCCAUUGCCAGGUGGCCUGAUGGAACAAAACCCCAAUAACCCUGAGUACAGAGCACUGGCUGAUGAAUCUUUGCAAAAAUAUUUGAAAGAGAACGCAAUCACGGAAUUUCACAAAGUAGAUCGAGUCGUCAAAGUAACGACGCAGGUGGUCUCUGGAACAUUGACGCGCCUCGACUACGUCAUUUCUAACGGACAGAAUCAGAAUGUACAAGAAUGUCAUUCUGAAGUGUGGGAGCAACCGUGGCUCAACAAGAAAGAAAUAACAGUGAACUGUGCGGUACUCGGCCAACGAGUAAAACGUGAUUCUGCAAUUCUUGGUGGCCAGAAGGAACAAAACCCCAAUGACCCUCAGUACAAAGCACUGGCUGAUGAAUCUUUGCAAAAAUAUUUGAAAGAGAACGCAAUCACGGAAUUUCACAAAGUAGAUCGAGUCGUCAAAGUAACGACGCAGGUGGUCUCUGGAACAUUGACACGCCUCGACUACGUCAUUUCUAACGAACAGAAUCAGAAUGUACAAGAAUGUCAUUCUGAAGUGUGGGAGCAACCGUGGCUCAACAAGAAAGAAAUAACAGUGAACUGUGCGGUACUCGGCCAACGAGUAAAACGUGAUUCUGCAAUUCUUGGUGGCCAGAAGGAACAAAACCCCAAUGACCCUCAGUACAAAGCACUGGCUGAUGAAUCUUUGCAAAAAUAUUUGAAAGAGAACGCAAUCACGGAAUUUCACAAAGUAGAUCGAGUCGUCAAAGUAACGACGCAGGUGGUCUCUGGAACAUUGACACGCCUCGACUACGUCAUUUCUAACGAACAGAAUCAGAAUGUACAAGAAUGUCAUUCUGAAGUGUGGGAGCAACCGUGGCUCAACAAGAAAGAAAUAACAGUGAACUGUGCGGUGCUCGGUCAACGAGUAAAACGUAAUAAUCCAUUGCCAGGUGGCCUGAUGGAACAAAACCCCAAUGACCCUCAGUACAAAGCACUGGCUGAUGAAUCUUUGCAAAAAUAUUUGAAAGAGAACGCAAUCACGGAAUUUCACAAAGUAGAUCGAGUCGUCAAAGUAACGACGCAGGUGGUCUCUGGAACAUUGACGCGCCUCGACUACGUCAUUUCUAACGGACAGAAUCAGAAUGUACAAGAAUGUCAUUCUGAAGUGUGGGAGCAACCGUGGCUCAACAAGAAAGAAAUAACAGUGAACUGUGCGGUGCUCGGUCAACGAGUAAAACGUAAUAAUCCAUUGCCAGGUGGUCUGAUGGAACAAAACCCCAAUAACCCUGAGUACAGAGCACUGGCUGAUGAAUCUUUGCAAAAGUAUUUGAAAGAGAACGCAAUCACGGAAUUUCACAAAGUAGAUCGAGUCGUCAAAGUAACGACGCAGGUGGUCUCUGGAACAUUGACGCGCCUCGACUACGUCAUUUCUAACGGACAGAAUCAGAAUGUACAAGAAUGUCAUUCUGAAGUGUGGGAGCAACCGUGGCUCAACAAGAAAGAAAUAACAGUGAACUGUGCGGUACUCGGCCAACGAGUAAAACGUGAUUCUGCAAUUCUUGGUGGCCAGAAGGAACAAAACCCCAAUGACCCUCAGUACAAAGCACUGGCUGAUGAAUCUUUGCAAAAAUAUUUGAAAGAGAACGCAAUCACGGAAUUUCACAAAGUAGAUCGAGUCGUCAAAGUAACGACGCAGGUGGUCUCUGGAACAUUGACGCGCCUCGACUACGUCAUUUCUAACGAACAGAAUCUGAAUGUACAAGAAUGUCAUUCUGAAGUGUGGGAGCAACCGUGGCUGAACAAGAAAGAAAUAACAGUGAACUGUGCGGUACUCGGCCAACGAGUAAAACGUGAUUCUGCAAUUCUUGGUGGCCAGAAGGAACAAAACCCCAAUGACCCUCAGUACAGAGCACUGGCUGACGAAUCAUUGCAAAAGUAUUUGAAAGAAAAGGCAAUCACGGAAUUUCACAAAGUAGAUCGAGUCGUCAAAGUAACGACGCAGGUGGUCUCUGGAACAUUGACGCGCCUCGACUACGUCAUUUCUAACGAACAGAAUCUGAAUGUACAAGAAUGUCAUUCUGAAGUGUGGGAGCAACCGUGGCUCAACAAGAAAGAAAUAACAGUGAACUGUGCGGUGCUCGGUCAACGAGUAAAACGUAAUAAUCCAUUGCCAGGUGGCCUGAUGGAACAAAACCCCAAUGACCCUCAGUACAAAGCACUGGCUGAUGAAUCUUUGCAAAAAUAUUUGAAAGAGAACGCAAUCACGGAAUUUCACAAAGUAGAUCGAGUCGUCAAAGUAACGACGCAGGUGGUCUCUGGAACAUUGACGCGCCUUGACUACGUCAUUUCUAACGGACAGAAUCAGAAUGUACAAGAAUGUCAUUCUGAAGUAUGGGAGCAACCGUGGCUCAACAAGAAAGAAAUAACAGUGAAUUGUGUGGCGAGUACUGCACCGUCCAAUGGGAGAAAAAUGGAGAAAAAUGGUAGAAGAAAGCGAUCAACAGAAGUCAAUGAACUAAUGGAAAAUGCGGUUACUAACAAACAAUUUCGCGGGCAAAGUCAAGAGCAAGAUGCUCAUAAAGCGGAAUACAAAUUGCUUGCCGAAGAGUCUUUACGGAAGUAUCAAAUAAAAAACUUUACCCAUCAUAAGGUCCUCGAAGUAAAACGUGUUGUAACUCGAGUUGUUUCUGGUAUUAAAUAUAAGAUUGAUUUUACUGCUGCUCCAACAACUUGUUCUGCUAAUGUUACAAGAGUACAUUUGCAUAAAUGUAAAGUUGUAGAGGGUUUUAUUUUGUACUGUCAUGCGGAAAUCUGGGACAGGCCGUGGUUAAAAAAGAAAGAGAUUGAUGUCCAGUGUAAUGGAGCCGAUACUAAUGAUUUUGAUGAAUAUGAGUCUGAUGUUAGCGCUCUUGAUGAUAUUCUAAGACUUUCCACGAAAGAAAAUUCGAAUGAAAAUAAGUUUAAAGUUUUAGCUGAAGAGGCAUCAGAAAAGUAUUUGGCUGCAUCGAAUAGAAAGUAUGUGCAUGAGGUAACUGAAGUGCAUAGUGUAAGCGAACACCUAGCGGAUGGUAAUAUAAUAAAAUUGGAGUUCUCAAUGUCACCUACGAAUUGUUUGCGAAAUGAGACAAGGAGUUCUAACGAAACGUGUAAAGUUAAGCUACCAGUAAUUGUCAUACAUUGUACUGCUAAUAUUAGGGACCGACCCUGGCUAAAUGUCGAGAAAGACAUAAAAAUUACUUGUAAAAAACUGAGUAAAAUUAAAAAGUACAAACGUGACAUUGGUGUUAGGAACGUGAGACAAACUGGUGAUGAAGAUGAUUUAGAUGAAGAUAUUACUUUUUAUUACGCGGACCGUGCUGUUCAGCACGUCAAUGAUCAAUCAGGUUCUAAUAACUUGCAUAAAUUAGUCACUAUACAUGCUGUACAAAACAGUGUUCAAAUGCAAACGCCGACAAUUCGUAUGUACAUUGAAUUAGCGGAAACCUAUUGUCUACGGCACCACAUAGAUGUUAAUCUCCACGAUUGCGAGGAAAUGAAUGGUUUAGAUCACAAAUUAUGUUUGGCAAGACUCUGGCCUUCUCCUGAUGAUGAACUGGUAGUUAGACAUGUGUCGGUUACGUGUGAUACCGACGAGGAUUUUGCUUCGCUUACAGCUUUAAAUAUACCCGAAUUAUUAAAAUUAUCUAUCGAAGGUAUUGAACGAUCUCCUGAUAACCAAUUUAAACUGAUUCAUCAAGGAGAACCCCAGGUUAUACCAUCUCUUGAUUCAAAAAUUCCGAUUAAGAUGAACUUUAUUAUUGCGUCUACGAACUGUUCGAAAAAUGCCGAUCUCAAUAAAAAUCCUUUUCAAUGUUUCAUUGAUAGCACAAUACCAGCAAGAGCAUGCUAUUCAUUUAUAUGGAUGGAGGCUGAAACGCGAACGAUUAACGCCAUUGAUGCUAAGUGUCCACGACCAACUCGAAGUAGAAGAUCUCCUACAGGAUUGGCUAAUGUAACUGCAGAUGUAACUGCUGACAAUUUAGAAAUUCAAAAUUUAGUAGCAGAGUCUUUAGAAAAGUUAGAAAUGUCAUCGUUACAUCGAUAUAAACAAAGAGUCCUUCAAAUAAACAGCCACUCGACUAAAUUAACCACUGGCAAAGUUACAACUAUAGAUUUUGACGUUGGCUAUACUUCUUGUUUAAAAUAUGAAUGGAUUGAAAACAUUACUAGUUGCGAUUUUAUUGAACACCUGCCCAGGAGACGUUGUGUGGCUCAAAUUUUUGAAAGAUUGUGGAUUAACAAUGGGAGAAAUAUAGAUGUUAAUUGCGUAGACGAUGAGACGCCUUUAGAAACUCAUAUCGAAUUUGACAGUGCUGAAAUGGCUACCCAGUUAGCUAAAGAAGCGUUAAAACAUAUUGAAGCCAAAUAUCCUCAUCCCAAAAAGCAGAAAAUUGUAAGAAUAUUUUCAUUAGAAAAGCAAGUUGUUGCUGGUUUACACUACAGAAUGAAAGUUGAGGUCGGAUUUACGGAUUGUGUUGCAUUAAGUGAACAAACUGAUUGUAAACUGGAAAAUGAUUUAGGUUUAAAUAAGUUUUGUCGGGUUAAUGUAUGGAUUCGACCAUGGACUGAUCAUCCACCUAAUUUCCGAGUGUCAUGCGACUAUCAAGAAGGUGCAACGCAUGACCUAUACCACCAUGUGCAGGCUGAACACUUGUUCUAUAACUUUUUGACAACCUACAGUCCGAGUUAUGUAAACGAUUAUUCUCAAAUGCAAAAACGAUUUGAAAUUUUUAAAGCCAACAUUAAGAAAAUACACGAGUUUAAUGUUUAUGAAAAAGGUACAGCCACAUAUGGGGUGACUCGGUUUACAGAUUUAACGUAUGAAGAAUUUAGUACAAGAUAUAUGGGUUUAAAAACUGAUCUUAGAGACGCUAAUCAGGUUCCUAUAAAGAAAGCUGAUAUACCAAACAUAAAAAUUCCUGAAAACUUUGAUUGGAGGGAAUAUGAUGCAGUUACUGAUGUAAAGGAUCAAGGAUCGUGUGGCAGCUGUUGGGCAUUCAGUGUUACUGGGAAUAUUGAAGGUCAAUGGAAAAUGCAGUCUGGUCAGCUCGUGUCACUCUCUGAGCAGGAGUUGGUGGACUGCGAUAAGUUGGACAACGGUUGUAACGGUGGUCUUCCCGACAAUGCUUACAGAGCUAUAGAACAACUUGGAGGGUUGGAGUUGGAGAUAGACUACCCGUACGAAGGCGAGGAUGACAAGUGCUCGUUCAACAAGACUCUAGCGAAGGUCCAGAUCAGCGGCGCAGUCAACAUCACCACCAACGAGACGGGCAUGGCGCAGUGGCUCGUGCACAACGGACCGAUAUCUAUCGGUAUAAACGCGAACGCGAUGCAGUUCUACAUGGGCGGUAUAUCGCAUCCUUGGAAGAUGCUCUGCAACCCCACAAACUUAGACCACGGUGUGCUCAUCGUUGGAUAUGGCGUUAAGGACUACCCGCUGUUCCACAAGCGCCUGCCUUACUGGAUAGUCAAGAAUUCUUGGGGCAAGUCGUGGGGCGAACAGGGUUACUACCGCGUGUACCGCGGCGACGGCACCUGCGGAGUCAAUCAGAUGGCAAGCAGUGCGGUUAUAUAGACCCCACACCGAAAAGCGACACCAAUAAGUAUGUCCUGUGAAACCAAGGCAGAGCUUCCUUAAUGUAGAUGGCACCACUGUCUUAAUACUUUAAAAAUGCUUAUUGUUAACACAAGUUUAAACUAUGACGCUAUAUUGAGCCCUAACAUGCACUCAGCUUAACAUUGUCACAAAAUAACUGUAAGUAUUGUUGUCUUUUACUAACAUCCUUUCUGUGCCUUUUACUUAAAAGACGUAGACCUACUACGAUCGAUGGCCAAGUAUAGCGAGUGUAUUACAGAGUCAGCCGAUAAGUGUCAUAGCGUAAACGUAGUUCAACUUCAUCUAUAUUUUAAUUUAUUGUUAUAUAUUGUACUUAAGUAAAGUUUAAAGAAAGCUUAUGACGUUCUGACCUCAUCCACUCUCUUCCAAAAUCGAUUAGUUUGUUAGGACUCUUAUCAAGAGACAACGCAAGCCGAGCCUUAUAGAAAGGUUGUAAAUACAUGGGUUGUAAGCUAUAGUCUAAGUAUAGAUUAACUUCACGCAGUUUUAUAAAAAUAAAAAUAGACUUAAUUAUAAUCCAUUUCCGAAAUGAUAAAAGGGACCACGUGAACUUGUGUUAUCAUUGUUUUAUAACUUCUUUAUUAUAUUAUGUUGUAAUGAUCCCUAACAUCCCCUUUAGAUAAAAUACCUAACGCAAGAUAAAUGUACUUAGUAUAGAGACAAUGUUUUCGUAUUAAGUAUUUGUGAUAUAAAACACAAGAUAAAAUACUAUCGAUGGACUCUUUGAUUAAUAAAUACUAAAUUACAACUUUGAUUGUUUUGUAAAAGCAAAAUCAGACGCAUAUAAAAUCAUAAUACAUAACAAUUCAAUUAUUGUUUUCAUUUGAUCUAUGAUAGAAAACGAAAGUGACUGAAUGCAAAUUAAUUUUUACAUUAACACACUUUCGUUAAAGUUCAAAAUUCCUUGCCAGCCAAACAUCCCCACCAAGUUAGUAGUUAACAUUUCAUUUAUCAGAAGUACUCAGCUUAAAUGCUCAUAAAUAUAAAAAUCUAAAAUAUUUAUCACAAUAAGUGAUAUUAUACGCAUUAAAAGCCACAAUUACACCCGUAACAAAUUAUUUAGAUUCACCUAACAAUCAAAUAUAAAAUAAUUAUUUGUUUUUCUUAAUUGCUUGUGAGUGAUGUCACGGUAUUCGUCACAUGUCGAUAGUCGCCAAGCUCUAAUGCGAUUGACUCUUUAGAAUUUGCACAAGUUAUGUAAAUAAUGGCUAAAA